UCUCAUCCCAGGCUCUUUCAUCCAACAUUCCUUUACUCGCUACCCUCCACGACGAGCCCGACUGCCUUCGUCGCUCCCCUCAACAAUCAACUUACUUCUCUCCUUUAUCUCAUAGUAUAGUGGCCUACAACUACCCACUCCUCAGAUGUUCUCAUCUCUACCUUUGCUCGCCCUUGGGCUGGCAACCAUAACCUCCUCAACGCUGGCAGUCACUCCAGGGUCCUUUACAGAUGGAGGCAAUACUCAAGUCAGUGCUAUGAUGAUGUUCGUCGGUAACGACGAAAAAGUCUACCUCGUGGAUAAAGCAGAGGGAAACAAAGCCCAAAUAAAUGGUCAUCCUGCCUGGGGCGCUGUGUGGGACAUUAACACCCACCAGGUUGACCUGAUGGAUAUCAAGACAAAUGUUUUCUGUGCAUCCGGAAUGCAUCUACCAAAUGGCUCUUACGCAACUUUCGGUGGUAAUGGUGCUGUCGGUCCUGGUGGUAACAUAGGGUCGCAGAGGAAUCCUGGUGGUGCUUCCGCAGCAUUCGAUGCUACCUAUCAAAACUACGACGGUUCUAAAUCCAUUCGGCUUCUUAAUCCCUGUGGAUCUUCCGACAACUUUGCCUCUUCCGACUGUCAGUGGUUUGACAAUCCUGGGGUAUUGUCAAUGCAAAAACAACGAUGGUAUUCAGCAGCUGAGCCCCUCGGUGAUGGGACGAUCGCUCUUAUUGGUGGUUUCGUGAACGGCGGGUAUAUCAACCGGAACUAUCCGAACACAGAUCCUGCCUUUGAGGGUGGUGCUGCUGAGCCCACCUACGAGUUUUAUCCAGCGAACGGAAGAAAGGCUGAGGUCAUGCAAUUCAUGAUAAAGACCUCUGGCUUGAAUUCGUAUGCCCACACCUUCAUGAUGCCGUCGGGAAAGAUGUUCGUUCAAGCCAACGUCUCUACCAUGCUUUGGGAUCCUCAGACGAACACGGAGACCGCUCUUCCUGAGAUGCCUGGUGGAGUUGCCCGUGUGUACCCCGCCUCAGGUGCCGUAGCCAUGCUUCCCCUUACCCCUGCCAAUAACUACAACCCCACCAUCUUGUUGUGUGGUGGGUCUGACAUGCCAGAUGACGCAUGGGGUGAUUACGGAAAGCCACAAAUAGAUACAUGGAAUUAUCCUGCUUCUGCAGAUUGCCAGCGUAUCACUCCAGAGCCACUGGAUGGUUCCGCCCCGAAGUACGAGCAAGACGAUGAUAUGCUCGAGACCCGAACCAUGGGCCAGUUUAUCAUUCUUCCCACUGGCCAGUUGUUGGUCGUUAACGGCGGCCUCAAUGGUACUGCAGGGUACGCUGAUCAUACUGGUCAGACUGCUUUGUAUGGUGACAUGCCUUUCGGAAUGUCCUUGGCUUCUGGACCUGUCGGUACACCUGCCCUCUACGAUCCUAACGCCAAGGCCGGCCGUCGAUGGACUAACACCGGGUUACAAACGUCCAACAUUGCUCGUCUCUAUCAUUCCUCCGCGAUACUUCUUCCCGAUACUUCAGUUCUCAUCGCUGGUUCCAAUCCCAACGUUGAUGUCAACCUGACCACACAUUUCCCGACCGAAUAUCGAGCUGAGAUUUUCUACCCUCCCUACUUCUCGGCCAGUACACGUCCUCAACCUUCCGGCAUCCCUACAACCCUCACGUACGGAGGUGACUCGUUUGACGUAACUAUCCCCGCAAGUUCUUAUUCCGGCUCCUCGAAUUCUGCCGCUGAUAACACCCGUGUAUCCGUCCUUCGUCCUGGGUGGACGACUCACGCGAUGAACAUGGGUCAGCGAUACCUACAGCUGAACAACACUUACACAGUCAACAAGGACGGAUCUUUAACCCUCCAUGUAUCUCAGAUGCCUCCCAACGCCAACAUCUUCCAGCCUGGACCAGCCUGGGUUUAUGUCACCAUCAAUGGUAUCCCUUCAAACGGCACGCUGGUACGGGUUGGAUCCGGUAGAAUCGAGACUCAACCUUUGCUAUCUGUCUCCGCCUUACCUGGAAGCAAACGCCUUGACUCUGCUUCUGGCACUGCAGACAGUUCUACGACCGGUGGUAACGGCAAGAAGUCGGGAGGAUCUUUGAGUACGGGGACGCUCAUCGCUAUCAUCGUCGGUGGUGUCGUAGCGCUGGGCAUCAUUGGAGCCCUCGUUGGUAUCUGUAUAUCUCGCCGAAGACGAGCCGCUGCACGUCAAGAACCCAUCGCGACACCGUCGGCGACCCCGACCCCUUAUUCUAUGUCUGCUGCUACUGUAUCGCCGGUCGGCCCUGCAUCUGCCGGGUAUGGAAACGAUUACGGGCACGCAAACUCCGGAUACGGUGGGCAUCCAUAUGGUCAAACCCACGGACAGAAUCAUUAUCAAGGACCUGUACCCAAUGAUUCUCAGGUGUACGUUCCUUAUAAGCAAGACUAUAACGGGAGUCAGCAAUGGGACAGGAGUAACACGAGUUCGCCGAAUCACUAUAGUCAGUACAGAGACAAUGGAAUGAGUAUGGAGGUGGAUCCGUACACAACAGAUCAAAGGAUGAGUCCUUCACCUCACCCUCAACAGCCACAUGGGGGGCGGUAUCAUUAUUAGAAUGGUAACGUGCGGACAUUUUUCUUCUGUUAUUGUUUUAAUGGGACUUUACUGGCAUACUGUUUUGAGAACAGACCCUUCCUUGUUUGUUCUGUUCCAACUUACACUACAUAAUUACCCUUUCUACCAUCUAUAUCCAUCUCUCCCUUUUUGCAUGUGAUGACCUUUCUUUGAAACGAUAAUUUCUCAAGUUGUAUUACCGACCGAAAGAUACACCAGUUUUUAAUCAUUCUGCUGCUCCUUUGAAUUCCCU